CACGGCAAGAAAAACAAAGCCAAGGUAUGCACGGAGAAGGGCAGUCCGUUGUCCACGGCGGCAUGAAGGGCGCAGGAGACGAAGGAAAAGAGACCCCGUCUACGAUAUAGGCUAUGUCAAUUUUCGGGCUGGACAAAGGUGUGGCGGGUCCCCGUAAUCCGUUAACGUGUGCUAAGAGCACCACAAUCGCAUGAAACAUCUUUCAGCUCCAAAUGGUAAAGCAGCGACAAGAUGUGAAGAUGCCGAUGGUGCGACAGGACGUCAGACCGACAAGCGAUCUUACAGUGAUGUCCUGACACAUCCUUCGCGGACGCAGCCGGAACCUCCGAAGCACAGAGCGGCAGGACGACAACAACUGGGGAACGCAGUGGCUGUGCCACGACAUCAGAAACCGUCGUCUGCCCGUCGACAGUCCGCCACUAGCCGAGACGCCUCAGGUGAGCGACACCAUUAUCCCAGUGGACCUCGAGUGCCAGGACGAAGGCCCACCAACCACUUCGAAAGCAUCGAUCGUUCAGCUUCUCAUAGGAGAGCAGGCGCGAGACCAAGCCUCCCCUCUAGGCCUCCACCAAAGCCUCCGCUGCCACAGAUAUCAAAAGUGGGUUUUGGCGCCUCAGGAACGCCCGUGCAACGGGGCGCCAGUCAGGGAGGGACGCCAUCAGGGUCUGAGAAACGCGAUGGUGGAGAGCCGUCGAAGGACGUCAAAGGACAGGGCGAGGAUGCAGGGCAACCCGGUGCUAGCGGAGGGCCACUGGGGGGUGCUGGAGGGGGAGGGCGCCGGCCUGGCGACGACGAGCGGGACGACGACAAGCGGAAGAAGGGUAAGGGGUCGUCGAGCGGUGGCGGGGAGAAGAAGAAAGAGGAGCAGGAGAAGAAGGCGAAGAAGGAGAGGGAUCAAAGGGAGGAGGCGAAGAAGGAGAGCAAACCGGUGGACGGUCGCGAGGCGAGGGGAAAAGAGGUGAAACAAGGAGAUGGCGGCUUGAGCAGUGACUCAGGCAAAGGAUCGACUGGUGAAAAGGCGGGGAAGAAGAAGGCGAAAAAAGACAGGGGCAGGCGGGCGAUUGAAGAGACUGUCGGAGACGUUACUGAUGCAGGGGUGACGAGUGAGGCGACGGGUGGGGUUCCGAAAGAAGCAGAACCGCAAAAGGACGGUGAGGACAGGGGUGUGCACGGUGGUGGCAGAGGAGGUGAAGGUCCAGGAUCAGCUGGGGCGACUGAGACUGGAGAUGCCCUGCAGCAUGACUCAGGGGGUAUUGGAUCUGGGUCCGAAGACAGAGACAAGAGCCGGUCUGAAACAGCAGCUCGUGAGAAGCAGGUCAGUAAGCGACAGAAGUCGAGUGGAGGAAGGCGGAAGAAGAAAGGUGCUAGUGUUGCGCCACAGACAGGACAGACGACAACCGGAGAAGCCCCGAGGUCAGCUGUAGACUCAGAAGGGGGAAGGGCGGGACCGUUGGCCGCAUCCGACAAAAACAAAGCAGGCACUGAUGAAGGCGGAAGGGAUGCAAAGGGAGAUGAGGAUGGAGAGGCCGCCACCGCGGGACCGCGGGCUGGGGCACAGCAUACAGGAGAACACGGCGGAGAGACUGAAGUGGUGGGUGAGACGGUGAAGGUCGCUGAGGCGGACGAGGAGGGCAGUGACGCCGCCUCACAGCGGGAAGGUUUGCGAGCCGGAGCAAGACCGAAGACUUCAUGA